UCGUGUGUAACUUUAUUGAACACUAUGAAGCCAUCAAAGAAGCUUAUGAUGAUAAAAUAGAUAUAGCAGUUAGCUUGAUUCUUAAUACUAGCGUGCAAAUGGCUUUGUUAGUGACUCCUCUGCUUGUCAUAAUUGGGUGGAUUGUUGGUAAUCCAUUAACGUUGGAUUUCAAUAUUUUGGAAAUUAGUGUGUUGGCUGGUGCUGUGUUGAUUGUCAAUUUUUUGGUGGCGGAUAAUAUGGCUACGUGGCUAGAAGGGUAUAUGCUUAUCGCUUCUUAUUUCCUUAUUGCGAUUGCUUUCUUUUACUUCCCUGAACAACCUGACAAACCACCAGCUAUGUGCUAUCCAUUUGAUAGAAAUUUAAUACCAA